AUGGCUCCGGACAAGAAACUGAGAAAUCUCAUUUACAAUCUCAGAGACAAAGCCUCCAUAGUUGCAGCAACUCUAUCGCUCAGACGCCACGUGUCCUCUGUUCGCCUCCACGUUGUCCGCGCCACCAAUCACAGCAUCUCAACUCCUGCGUCGGAGGACCGAAUCGCUGACGUCCUCUCCGUCGGUAAAGGCUCUCAUCUUCUGCCAUGUGUCUGCAUGGAUGUUCUGAUGGACCGACUUCACGAGACGCGAGAUGCCACGGUUGCCCUGAAAUGCCUUUUCACGAUGCACAACGUCAUAAUCAAGGGACCCCUCUCUCUGAGGGAUCAGCUCUCCUAUUACCCUUCCUCCGGCGGACACAAUUUCCUCAACUUAUCCAACUUUCGUGACGAUUCAGGAUGGGGUCAUUGGAAUUAG